ACUAUCACUUUCUCUCUCUCUCGCUUACGCAUUUUCUGUGCACUUUUUUCUCCUAUUGGAGGAAGGAAAACGGGUGACAUCUUUCAGGUCAGUGAAGGGAAAACCACUUAUUUUCACCUCGUCGACGGGUGUGUGUCUGUGUGUGUGUUUGUGUGUGUGUGUGUGGAGAAAUCUAGGAAGUAACAUUGGCCAAACUUCUCGACCAGGACGACGGGAAGGCGAUAAUCCUCAUUUUCUCAAAGACACUGUGAUUUUUAGGAGCUAUAACGUCGCUGAGCUGCUGGGAAAAGUAAUUUUACGUCGUUUAAAACUGCGCGUAAACACCUUUUUACCUUUUUUGGGUGGGUGGAACCGCAGGUGAAGAAAGUUUUUUUUUUUUUAGUAAAGGAGUAAGUUACAUUAACGCUACUUAGCCGGAGUUUCAGCAGGCUUUCCAAUAUGAAAUGAGUGGUUUCCCUCGAAAGGAUGAGCACUACAGAUGGAGAGGCCCGUGUUGUCCAGAUCUACCCCAGGCUAUCCCAGGACACGGUUACCUACUGUCCCCUGCAGGUCAACGCUGUGGACACGGCGAGGACGGUCAUCCACAAUGCUGUGGUCACUUUGGGGCUGGACUCCAGCCUGACUUACUGCCUGCUUGAGGUCAGGAAGAGCGGUGGAGAGGAGUGGAUGCUGGAAGAUGAGGACUGCCCUUUGGAGCGAGUCUUGCUGUGGCCCAAAGGAGCCCAGAAGUGGCACCCGGAGAACCAUGGGUACUACUUUAUCCUGCAGCAGAAGCAGGCAAAGCACACCAGCACAGAGGAGUAUGAUGAUCUCUGCAACCUACCCGCUGUAACUGAGGACAGCAUUCUGGACGCUUUACGUGAACGCUUCCACAAGCGCAAAAUCUACACAUACGCCAGCAACAUCCUCGUCGCCAUCAAUCCCAAUAAGUUCCUUCCUGUUUACUACAACCCUAAGUACAUCAAGAUGUACGAGAACCAGCUACUGGGCAAACUGAGCCCUCACAUAUUUGCCAUAGCAGAUGUGGCCUUCAGAGCCAUGCUGAUCAGGCAUGUUAACCAGUGUAUUGUGAUAUCUGGUGAGAGCGGCUCAGGGAAGACUGAAAGCAGCAGUUAUCUCAUCCACUGCCUUACUGCACUCAGUCAGAAGACGUACUCCAGUGGGCUCGAACGGACCAUCCUCGGGGCCAGCCCAGUGCUAGAGGCCUUUGGCAACGCAAAGACUGCAAAGAAUGAUAACUCCAGUCGCUUUGGGAAGUUCAUCCAGCUCAACUACCUGGAGAGUGGUGUGAUAAGAGGGGCCGUUAUCGAAAAGUACCUACUUGAAAAGUGCCGGCUGGUUUCCAGAGAUAAAAACGAAAGGAACUAUCACGUGUUCUACUAUCUGCUGGUGGGAGCGUCCAAAGAAGAGCGGGAGGAGUUUCAUCUAUUACAGCCACAAGAUUUUCGCUACCUCAAGAAGGAAGACUUCCUCUUAGAUGAUGAGGAGAAACUUGGGCAGGAGUACAAUAGGCUCCAUCAAGCCAUGGAGAUGGUUGGCUUCCUGGCCUCCACCAAGAAACACAUAUUUUCGGUCCUGUCUGCCAUCUUGCACCUGGGAAAUGUGACGUACACUCAGACAGAGGACACUGAAGUCCUGGAGGUUGGACCUGCUGAAGUCUUGUCCACAUUGUCUGACCUGCUCAAGGUAAAAAAGGAGCUACUGGUGAAGGCUUUGACCAAGAAGAGAGUGCUGACUUCCAAAGACGCAGUAGUCUCACAGUACACACUACAAGAGGCUGCUACCAUGCGGGACUCCAUGGCAAAGUCCUUGUACAGUGCUCUGUUUGACUGGAUCAUCCUUCACAUCAACCACGCUCUACUUAAUAGACGAGACAUGGAGGAGUCUGUUUCUUGUUUGUCCAUCGGCGUUUUGGACAUGUUUGGAUUUGAGAACCUCCAGGCAAACAGUUUUGAACAGCUGUGCAUCAACUACACCAAUGAGAAACUGCAGCAUUACAUCAACCAGCACAUCUUUAAGAUUAAGCAAGAAGAUUAUGUGGCAGAGGGAAUCACCUGGCAAAACAUCAGCUACACUGAUAACACUGGCUGCAUUCAGCUGAUCAGUGAGAAAACAGUCGGACUCUUUGACCUGCUGGAUGAGGAGAGCAAACUCCCUCAGGCGACAGAUGAAACCCUGUUGGACAAGUUGAAACAGCAGCAUCAGGACAACCUCUUCUUUGUACCCACGACAGACAGGAAGCCAACAUUUGUUGUUCGGCAUUUUGCUGGGAAAGUUGAAUAUCACAUCAAGGGUUUCCGAGAGAAAAACACAGAGCACAUGUGUCCCGAGGUCAUCUCACUCCUCCGCAGCAGCGAGCUGGCAUUCGUGCAUCACCUGGUUGCGUCCAGUCCAGAAGCCCUGUUUCGAUGGGGUGUCCUCAGAGCCACCAUUCGCAUCCUCACAGUAUUCAAGAGCAUGGGACGCAAGCAUGCAGAAUUGGUCGCAGCCAAACGUGCCCCCCGCAAGUCCCUCAGAGACAUGAAACAGCAAAACACCACGAAGAGACUUUCUAGCAACAGCAUGUCACUGGAUUUCUCCUUUGAUCACUCCGAUGAGCAUCCUCUUGAUGUAUUUGAAGACAUCUUUGCCAAUUUUGAAAAGAGAAAAAAAAACAAAGGCGGUCGACAGAAGCAAGUCAUUCCAAAGAAUCUCAUGGAUUCAUGCUCACUCAAACAUAUUGUGAGUCUCGCUGCACACGACCGAACAAGCAAAUCCAUCCCUCACCCCCUCCAGAGGACAAAGCCUCCUACAAUUAGUGCUCAGUUUCAGGUAUCACUUAAGAGGCUGAUGGACGCAAUUGAAAAAGCAGAGCCUUCCUUUAUUAUCUGCAUGCGCUCCAAUGCUGUAAAGAAGGAACUCCACUUUGAUGAUGAACUUCUGCUUCAGCAAAUCAAGUACACAGGCUUACUGCAGAUUGUUCACAUUCAGAAGUCUGGUUACAGUGCCAAGUACACUUUUAAGGAAUUUGUAGAGAAGUUCAGAAUUUUGCUUCCAAAAGGAGCAACUGGGACUCCAGAGCACAUAACUGAGCUGUUUAAGAAGAUGGACCUGGAUACGACUGCCUACCAAAUAGGAAAAACCAAGGUGUUCCUCAGGGAAAAAGAGAGGCAACUGCUCCAAGACACUCUUAACAAGGAGGUGAUGCGUCGCAUCAUCACCCUGCAGCGCUGGUUUCGUGCUUGUCAAUUAAGGUUGCAUUUCCUACAAAAAAAAGAUGCCACCCGGCUCAUACAGAGGAGCUGGCGUGAGUUUUACGAGAAACAAAACCGAGCUGCAACAGUGAUGCAGACAGCAUGGCGGACUUCACUCCAAAUGUCAAAGGACGAGGAGGACACAGAGAAGACACCCAACAGCCGACCUGGACGAGAUAGCUUGACGAAAAAAGAGUUGAAGAGGCAGGAGAAAGUGGAGCUCAGCCCCAACAGGACACAGCAGCUCGACCCAGCCAACAGCCAGUCUGCACAGAGGUCCAGGAGCAGGGAGAAACAAGAGGGCAGGGUAUCUCCUCCCCCACUCAAUAGACCCUUCUCCGUUCCUCUGGACCCUAAAUUUGUCGAUGAUGAUGAUUCCACCAGCCACAUGAAGAUCAGCUCCCUGCAGCGCUACAAAGAUGGAGACAUAAAGGAGAAGGCCGAGAGGUGGAGGGAAAAAAUAAGCGAAGGUGAACCAACAGAUGAAUCAAGUCCAGAGGUACAGCGACGGAGAGACAAUCGGAAAAAUGACUUUCAGCGCAAAGGGAAGUCCAUGUCUGCUGACGAACUGUCCAAGAUAAGCUCAUCAGGCUCUGAUAGUUCACCUUCUACAAAUGAGCUUGCAGCAGAAGCUGAUGGGUCAAGGUUUAGCCUUCCAGCCAGAAGCACCAGCGAGGAGGCACGACAACGGGGAUCAACCCAGUCACUCACAACUCCUGAGAAGAUUUGGUUUCUCGGAAGAUUCCUGAAGAAGCGAACGCCUAAAUAUUCCCCCACCAAUGAACCGUCUCCAUCAGAUAAAUCUGUGGUCUUGCCCAGCUACACCCCACAUCCCUACCACCACAACAGUGGGAGGGACAAUCGCAACCCCCAAAUUCGAAUCAGCCGGGCCACACGCGCUCUUGAGUGGAACGCAUCUCUGGACCGUGAGAUCACCAACCCCAAAGAGCUGCGAAACCUGGACGAAUUCCUCGGCAACCAGGUGAAUGAGCUGCAAUCAAGAGUAAAAGAGCUUUCACCCACAGAGAGCAUCUUCCUCUCAGCCACCAUGCAGUUCAGAGAGACCAUCAAAAGCAUGUACUCUCUCCAGAAACCCCAAAUCGCCUACAAAGAUCUAAUGAAGGGCUAUCGUAACAAAGUGAACACACUAGCAGAUCACACACAGAAAAGUGAAGUGUCACUGGUGGUCAAUCUGUUCCAGUCUGUACUUGACGGAUUCAUCAGGGGGAAGAUGAAACAAGCAGAGUAUGAACCAGUCAAGGCUACCAAGGCAACAAAGAAGAGAAGGAAAAAGGACAAAUGUCUUGAUAGUCCUCUGGAUCACUUGUUCAGCACAUACCAGGUGAACAUUAUGCAGUCAUGUGACCUGUGUGGUUCCUACAUCUGGGGAAUGGAGAAAGCGUACAUGUGCAGUGCUUGCAAGUUAAUUUGUCACAAGAAAUGCCUGAGCAAAAUCAUCACAGAUUGUUCAACGCGAUGUGCCAGACUCGAUGACAACGCACCAGGUUCCCUUCACUUUGGGGUGCAGGUGUGCGUCCUCACCAGUAAAGCUAACCCUGUGCCCAAGGUGGUGGAGAUGUUACUAAUGCACGUGGAGCUAAAUGGCCUUUACACAGAAGGCAUCUACCGCAAGUCGGGGUCAACCUGUCGAGCAAGGGAGCUCCACCAAAUUCUCGAGACUAAUCCUGAAGGAGCAUCUUUGGACAACUACCCCAUCCACACAAUCACAGGUCUGGUUAAACGUUGGCUCAGAGAGCUGCCUGACCCCCUCAUGACCUUCUCCCUCUACCAUGACUUCCUGCAUGCCGUGGAGCUGCCAGAGAAAGCUGAGAGAAUAAGGGCUGUAUACCAAAAGGUGGAUGAACUUCCUCCUGCCAACUACAACACACUGGAGAGGCUCAUCUUUCACCUCGUCAAGGUUGCAAAGGAUGAACACCACAACAAGAUGUCAGCAAGCUCUCUUGCGAUCGUGUUUGCCCCCUGCAUCCUGCGCACUCCUAAUGCUGAUGACCCCUUCCUCGGUAUGAAGGAUGUGUCAAAGACUACUCAGUGUGUGGAGAUCCUGAUCGCUGAGCAGAUGAGGCGGUACACAGAGAAGAUGCAGAAUAUCCAGCAGUUGGAAUACGCAGAAGCUUUGGCUGUCAAUCAGCUCAGACUGAAGAGACAAAACACGGUUGUCGACAAACCCUCAGAGCUUGAGGUUCCCAAGCAAUUAGAUUCUGAUGAAACAGAGAAGACCCUCAUUGAAAGGAUCAAAUCCAUCAAGCAAGAGAAGGUGGACUUGGCGUGCAGGUUACCUGACCUGGAGCAGGACCAGUCUGACAAUGAUAACCUGGACUCGUUGUCAUCAAUGAGUACAGACAGCCUAGAGGACCGUCUGAGAAGUCUGGACUCGGAAGCAAAGGUGACUUUGCGGAACACCCAGAAGCCUGCCUGCCCACAAAAACCUGCUGACUUGGCAGAGAGAGUCAGAAGUCUAAUGGCUCAGACAGAUGAUGAACAGAGAGAGUUCAAAUCUGCUGAAUUCCUGCCAGGACGUACAGAUGUUACCCAAUCCAUGUGUUUCCUGCCCAGCCAAGACAACUUAGACUCCUCUGCAUCCGGCAAGUCACAGCUCACCAGCAGGGCUCACAAUGGGAGCUUUGACGACCUGGACAUCCCUUACAUAGAUGAGGAAGAAGAUCCAACCUGAGCAUAACACCACAAGUUGUAAUAAAAUUAAAUAUCCUCAAUAAUGUGUUAAAAGAGGACUUGUGUUAUGGCAAAAAGAACUGUGCACUUUGUUUUAUGGACUUUUCCAUUUGUCUGUGCUGCUAUGGAAAUGCAGUUAGUGCGUUGGGAAUGUAUAUGUAUUUAAUGGGAGAUCAUACCAACUUUUCUUUCAGCGUCUUUAUACCAGAUCUGGAGAAGACCCAACAGUUGUGACUACUCAGCAUCUUUAUAUCAGUACACUGAUUACACUGUACAUGAUUACACUUUUAAACACUGUACAUGAAAUGUUUUAUAAAGGCAGUUAUUUAGGAUCAGUUCUGCUAAGCUGUUUGACAAGCUGUGUCUCGUCUAUAGAUACAAACAAGACAGUGUCAUGAGGAGCAAUAAAAGAAUAGAAAAUAGAAGUGCUUCCGUUACUAAUGGACAUUAUUCUGAGAUCAACCACUAUAGUACUAAUGGGGGUUUACGCAGUUUGUUGAGAAAAAAAAAAGUCUUGUAAUUGUACCAGAAAAUUCUUGCCUUGUAAAUAGAGCAAUUCUCCAUUGUACAGAGAGACAUUGCAUUUUGAUCUCAUAUGGAGUAUAUUAUUGUAAAUCUGUUAUUUCAUUUUACUGCUGUGACUGACCACUGACUCAAUGUACCUGUUUAGGAAAUGGUCAUAUUGCUGCCUUUUUAAACUGACUGAAAAUAUUUUCCUCUGUCACUUUUCCUGGUACUUGCAAAGCUGUGCAGUUUCACCAAGUUCAUUUUUGUCUGUACAUUUAGGGUUUGUUUGUUUUAAUAUGCAUGCCUGUAUAUUUUAUAUGGGGUAGGAAUGGUGCAUAUUAGGGUGGAUGUCCUCCUGUGUCUAAAAAAAAUAAACUGACCAU